UGCCCCUCAGUGGGUAAAUCUACUCUUAGCCAACUUCAGGAGAUUAAACGCCACACUGCUACAACAGAUCCCUUUAGAAAUCCUAUAAAUUACUGUAACGAGGCCCAAAUAAAACUAGCCUAAAACAACUUGGAUAUAUUUUGUAACAUAAUUUCUACAAAUUCAGUCUCUUCAAGCAAUACAACACCCCUUUGUUUUUGUUUAUUGAUUUCAUUCAUCCACUCCGAGUUGUUCUAAAGCUGCUGUGGAUUUUAAAGGUUCAGUUCGUCUUCAGCGUUUGGAUCAGACUCCAGCCUGUUAAUUCUACGUUGUGUUUGUACGUUUCAGAAGACCAUCCAAAACUUCAGGCUUGUGCUUCUGGAGUCACUAGUUCCUCUGUAAAUCGAUGGUCUCUGCAGCCUCCUUGUGACAACUGGCACUUCCAGAUUCUUUCUGUGGGUCACCUGUUACAUCCUGGUCGUCAUGUCUGAGUCGGGCAGUGACGGAGGGAAGUGGUUGGAUGCUCACUAUGACCCAGUGGCCAGUCUCUACACCUUCUCCUCCUGCGUGGACCUGGCAGACCUGAGUGGGGAUGGGGAGAGCCGACUGGUGGUGGGGGACCUGGGCUCCGGCUCAUCUGGGAUGAAGCUGAAAGUGUUUCGGGGCACGGCGCUGAUGAGUGAGAGCACCCUGCUGGACCUGCCUGCCGGCCUCGUCGCCUUCUUCAUGGACCUGCACGAACCACGCAUCCCCGCCGUGGCAGUGGCCUCCGGACCCUGCAUCUACGUCUACAAGAACCUAAGACCCUACUUCAAGUUUACCCUGCCCAGUCUGGAGGUCAACACAUUGGAGCAGGACGUGUGGCAGCAAGUGAGAGAGGGUCAGAUCGAUCCUCCUACCCUGAAGGAGAUGUUGGAGAGCAUCAGGAUGAAGGCUGAUGUCCCGCUCUCCGUCCGCUCCCUCAGGUUCCUGUCUCUGGACACCAGUGACAUGGGUGAAUAUGUCCAGCUGCAUAAACAGCAGCCAAUCAGACGGCAGACGGUCAUCACCUGCAUUGGGACUCUGAAGAAGAGCACGGCGGAUGAGGACGGUGUCAGCUGCUUGGUGAUUGGUACCGAGUGCAGCGACGUCUACAUCCUGGACCCUGAAGCUUUCAUCGUACUCUACAAGAUGUCACUGCCGGCUGCUCCCACCCUAAUGGACGUGACAGGUCAGUACGAUGUGGAGUUUCGUAUCACUGUGGCCUGUCGCAACGGGAACAUCUACAUCCUACGCAGAGAGUCAGACAAACCCAAGUACUGCAUCGAGCUGGCGUCUCACCCAGUGGGUCUGGUCAGGGUCGGUAAGAUUGUGGUCGUCGGCUGCGCUGACGAGAGCCUGCAGGGCUUCACGCAGAAGGGAAAGAAGCUGUGGAGGAUUGUUCUCCCUGCUCCCAUUAUCACCAUGGCUGCCAUGGACCUCCCUACUAGAGGCUUCCAAGCUGUUCUGGUGGGCCUGGCUAACUGUGAGGUCCAGCUGUACCGGGAGAAGAACCUCCUGAGCACCAUAAAGACGCCUGAUGUGGUGACCAGCAUCUGCUUCGGCCGUUACGGGCGAGAGGAUGGGACCCUCAUCAUGACCACCAAGGGCGGAGGCCUGAUGGUGAAGAUCCUGAAGCGGACCGCCGUGUUCGACGACAGAGACAGCAGCGCCGGGCCGCCGCUGGCCCAGAGUGUCCGCCUCAAUGUCCCCAAGAAAACCAAGCUGUACGUGGACCAGACGCUGAGGGAGCGUGAGAACGGCCUGGCCAUGCACCGCGCCUUCCAGAUGGACCUGAGCCGCCUGCGACUGGCUGCAGCUAAAGCCUACGUCAAAGCGCUUGAGUCCAGUCUCACGCCCAUGUCCUCCAGCCUCACCGAGCCACUGAAGAUGAACGCGGUGGUCCAGGGUCUGGGCCCAUCCUUCAAACUGACCCUGAAUGUCCAGAACACGGCGGCCUGUCGGCCCGUCAUGAACCUGGCUGUCAGCUUCCUGUAUGAUGAGAACCUGUACAGAAUGAGGAACCCGUACAUGAGGAUCCCUCUGCUGGUGCCUGGACUCAUCUACCCCAUCGAGACCUUCGUGGAGUGCACCAGCGACAGGGGCAUCUCUGACAUCAUCAAGGUUUUCAUACUGACCAAGGGCCGGAGCUCCCCACUGCUGACCGCUCACAUCAACAUGCCUGUGAGUGAGGGGCUGACGCUCAACUGAGAGGCGCACCCUCAGAAGCCUCCAGCACAGGCUGCAGAGGUGGCAGAGGCCACAGAGGCCGAGGACUUCGUAGCCAUCAGAGCCCAAAUAGGCCAGAAGUUGCAGGAGUUAAUAAAAGGACACAGCACCACCUGCUGACAGCUGCUGUAACAGCAUGAUGACAUCAUCACAGAGCAACAAACAGCUGAUUUCUGUGACAUUGGAGCAGGGAUGUCAAACCGUCCUGCUGGUUUACCAGCUCCCCCUGCUACUACAUCAGAGAGAGUUGGAGAGCCAGCAGAACAGUGUCCCAGGAGGAGUGGCACUGGACACCAGGUUAUUAGAGGGUUCACUGCUAUUAUAAAUGUUAGUUAGUUUGUACAGGUUCAUGUUGAAACUAUCUAAAAAUACAUUUGAUGCUUUUUUAGACAUUUAGCAGAACAUCUGCAUUCUAUAUAUUCUGUUGAACUGUAUUAAUAAACCAAAACAGUUAUAAAUUUAUCAAAAA